UGCCUCGAGUUCGUUAUUGUGUGGCUUCACCGCGGCUCGUCGCGGCUUGAUGUUCAACUCAUAAGAAGCCCCUCUAAGCCUGAUUAUCUGGCCUAGGCCCUUGCCGGCGCGACUGCAGCUACGUCGUAUUAGCAUCUACGUAUUCAAUACCUUUGCCACCCACGAAUCAACGCCAUGUCUUUCCUUGGAGGCGGUCCGGAAUGCUCUACGGCUGGCAAUCCACUGAGCCAGUUCGCCAAGCAUACUCAAGAAGAUAACAGUCUACAACGCGAUCGGCUUCGCAAUGGAGUUCCUCAGGGAGGGGUGGGUGGGUUCCGCAGUGCUGCUCAACACGGCGCUCAAGGCGAGCAAAUGAUGAAUGGCUUCUUACAGCAAACCGGACGGUUACCCGACAUGCCUCUCGAAGGCAUGGGCCAGAUUCGCAUGGACCCUCCAUCUCACGGUGUCCACCUUCGUGCCAACUCGACAUCCCCCUCUUGGGCCAAUGAAUUCCAGCAUACACCUCCGCCUGCUAUGGAGGCGGCUUUCAAUAUACCACAGGGAGCUCAGUUCAGUCCCGAAGAGUUCGCCAAGUUUCAACAGAUGAGCAAUUCAGCUAGUGCCUCACGGUCAAGCCCUAUGCCUUCUAGCAUGGCUUUUCAGCGUCCUAUGAUGGGGGCAGGGAUGAUGAGUACUAUGGGCAUGAACUAUGGCAUGAUGUACAAUCGCCCCAGCGGCUUCUCGGCGGAGUCUAUGGCUGAAAGCAAAGGGAAGGGCAAGCUUGUGGAGCUCGACGAUCAGCAGUGGGAGGAGCAGUUCAAGCAGCUUGAGCUUCAAGCCAAGGAGGCGCAAGAACAAGAUGAGGCUGCCGCAUUAGAGCCGGAGUUGAAUAAGUUGGACGAGCAAAUUUUGCAGUCAGAAACAAACUUUGGUGAUUUUGAGUCAAUAUGGAAAGGCAUCCAAGCCGAACGAGCUUCUGCCAAGGAGGCCGUUGAUGAAGAGGAAUGGGUUGAUCAACUAGGUAAUCCUGAGUGGAAUGAUCGGUUCGGAGACUGGGAUGGUCUCGCUGCCAACAGUAGGCUUCUGGGCGAUCCCCAGGUGGAGGAUUACCUCUUCGAAGACGACAACCUCUUCAAAGACACAGGGAACCCGUUCGAAGAGGGUAUGCGCAUUCUAGACGAGGGUGGUAAUCUUUCAUUAGCUGCUCUAGCUUUCGAGGCAGCUAUUCAGAAAGACCCUACCCAUGUGGAAGCAUGGGUGCAGCUUGGCAUCGCUCAGGCACAGAAUGAGAAAGAAACGGCAGCCAUUCGAGCACUAGAGCAGGCUAAAAAAAUAGAUCCGAACAAUACUACAGCACUCAUGACGCUGGCCGUUUCCUAUACCAACGAAGGGUAUGAUAGCACGGCUUAUCGGACAUUGGAGCGCUGGCUGUCAGUUCGGUACCCCUCCAUUAUUGGUCCAGCCGAGUUAUCUCCAGCAACAGAGCUUGGCUUUACCGACCGCCAGCAGCUGCAUGAAAAAGUCACAGACUUGUUUAUCCAGGCCGCACGGCUCAGUCCAGAUGGCGAGCACAUGGACCCAGAUGUUCAAGUCGGCCUCGGGGUUUUAUUUUACGGCGCCGAAGAAUAUGAGAAGGCUGUCGAUUGCUUCUCUUCUGCUUUAGCAUCCUCGGAGUUGGGUUCGUCCAACAAACAAAACCAAGUCCACCUCCUUUGGAAUAGGCUCGGUGCUACUCUCGCCAAUAGUGGUAAGAGCGAGGAUGCCAUAGCCGCUUAUGAAAAGGCACUCACGUUGCGGUCCAACUUUGUUCGAGCCCGGUACAACUUAGGAGUCAGUUGUAUCAACAUGGGAUGCCACAGCGAAGCCGCAGGGCAUCUCUUGUCAGCGCUUAACAUGCAUAAGACAGUCGAGAGAGAGGGUCGAGAAAAGGCAAGAGAGCUUUUGGGUGGCAAUGUCAGCGAUGCGCAGAUUGACGCUAUGACGACGCAGAACCGUAGCACGAAUCUAUACGAUACACUACGCCGCGUCUUCACACAAAUGGGACGGCGCGAUCUCGCCGAGAAGGUGGUUAAUGGAGUUGAUCCAGAGAUAUUCAGGGGCGACAUUGACUUUUAGGAGAGUGCCAGGAGGAACCUUUCCAGCCACCGUUGGAUCGUGGGCCGCAUUUACCAGGCUGACGUAACAAGGUCUAAUGGCCACUUUUACGGUAAUGGGGAACUUUUUCUCGAAAGAAGCGGGUAGGAAAAGCUUUUUCGGCGACAUCUGUAUCUAUCGGGUUUAAUGGACAAGCUCACGCACUCGAAUGCAAUAACGAGGAAAAAGUGUAAAAAGCCAUGACGAGUUUAGUCUGACUAGGUAGGUAGAAGAAGUAUAACACCGGCGCUCUAGGCAGUGAUCAUGUUAUAUAUAUUUUUUCUUGUCUAUAGCUAGAAAAUUCAAGGGUCACCCUUCGCAGAUAUCGAACCAUCAUGAAUAGGACAUCCUGUCUGUUCGCCUACAUUACGUUA